AUGGAUGCUCCUUGCCGCUGUUGCCCUGCCCACAUCCCAAGGCCUCUCUUCCCCCAUCCCCCCUCCCCAUUUCCCCCUCCCGUUCCCCCCCGUCCCUCUCCUCCUCCAAACACACAAUCGCCUCGCGCGGUGCGGGGUGUAGCGGAGGUGCCGGAGGGCGCGCUGAUUGUGAGGUUCGAGUUCCGCAAGUUGUGGGCCGCGCAGGGGGACGAAGCGCCUGCGGGGGAGUCGCGGCAAGCAGGCAGCAACAGUAGCGCGGAGGCAGGGGCAUCGCGUGGUCCGCUGGUGUGCUUCGCGCUCGGCUCACUGCCUCUGCCGUCAGACCACGAGCCACAAUACGAGUCACUGGAGGCAGCAGCCAAGGCAGCGGGGGGAGCUCUCUCCCCCUUCGGCGGGGCCAUGGGCGCAGUCACAGUGGAGCGCGGGCAGGGACUGGGGGAUGGCCCGGGGGCAGGGGGAGGCGCAGGGGCGGGGAAGGGUGGGGGAGGGCGGAUGGUAGACGCUUCUGCUGCAGCUGCAAUCGCGGCUAUGGUGGGGGAAGGCACUCUCCUCCUCUCCUCCUCCCUCCUAUCAUCCGUGCUCCACUCCUCCCACCUCUCUUCCUCGUUCCUCUCCUCCCCCCUCCUCCCCUCCGCCCGCACCACUUUCGUCCCUUCCCCCACACCCCUUCCCCCACACCCCUUCCCCCACACCCCUUCCCCCACACCCCUUCCCCCACACCCCUUCCCCCACACCCCUUCCCCCACACCCCUUCCCCCACACCCCUUCCCCACACCCCUUCCCCACACCCCUUCCCCCACACCCCUUCCCCCACACCCCUUCCCCCACACCCCUUCCCCCACACCCCUUCCCCCACACCCCUUCCCCCACACCCCUUCCCCCACACCCCUUCCCCCACACCCCUUCCCCCACACCCCUUCCCCACACCCCUUCCCCCACACCCCUUCCCCCACACCCCUUCCCCCACACCCCUUCCCCCACACCCCUUCCCCCACACCCCUUCCCCCACCCCCUUCCCCCACACCCCUUCCCCCACACCCCUUCCCCCACACCCCUUCCCCCACACCCCUUCCCCCACACCCCUUCCCCCACACCCCUUCCCCCACACCCCUUCCCCCACACCCCUUCCCCCACACCCCUUCCCCCACACCCCUUCCCCCACACCCCUUCCCCCACACCCCUUCCCCCACACCCCUUCCCCCACACCCCUUCCCCCACACCCCUUCCCCCACACCCCUUCCCCCACACCCCUUCCCCACACCCCUUCCCCCACACCCCUUCCCCACACCCCUUCCCCCACACCCCUUCCCCCACACCCCUUCCCCCACACCCCUUCCCCCCACACCCCUUCCCCCACACCCCUUCCCCCACACCCCUUCCCCCACACCCCUUCCCCACACCCCUUCCCCCACACCCCUUCCCCCACACCCCUUCCCCCACACCCCUUCCCCCACACCCCUUCCCCCACACCCCUUCCCCCACACCCCUUCCCCCACACCCCUUCCCCCACACCCCUUCCCCCACACCCCUUCCCCCACACCCCUUCCCCCACACCCCUUCCCCCACACCCCUUCCCCCACACCCCUUCCCCACACCCCCCCCCCCACACACCCCUUCCCCCACACCCCUUCCCCCACACCCCUUCCCCCACACCCCUUCCCCCACACCCCUUCCCCCACACCCCUUCCCCCACACCCCUUCCCCCACACCCCUUCCCCCACACCCCUUCCCCCACACCCCUUCCCCCACCCCCUCCCCUCCCCUCCCCCACACCCUCCCCCACACCCUUCCCCCACACCCCUUCCCCCACACCCCUCCCCCACACCCUUCCCCCACACCCCUCCCCCACACCCUUCCCCCACACCCCUCCCCCACACCCUUCCCCCACACCCUUCCCCCACACCCCUCCCCCUCCCCCUCCCCCCAUCACCCUUUCCAUACGACCGUACCCCAUCCCUCGAGCUGCAUCGGCUCUCCAUGCACCUUACCUGCCUCUGCUUCUACCCUCCCCCCCUAGCCAUCAACGCUUCCCCUCUUCCUCACGCCCUGGCAACAGCAGCAGCAGCAGCAGCAGUGGCAGCAGCGGGGUCAUCAGUCCCGCGUGCGUCUGUGUAUCUGCUCGUGCGUGCGGGUGGCCUGCCGUCCCUCACUCGCUUUGAUGCCUCCGCUGUUGCACCCGCCACAGAUAUGGCGGGCAGGGGAGGGCAGCUGUCACUGGAGCUGAUCCACCCCGCAGAGGUCACCACCUUCGUCGCUGUGGGGCUGGACGCCCCCCCGCCAGGGGCAAGGGAGGAGCACGAGGGGGAGAGCGGGGGCCAGGGGGAGGGGGGAGGAGAUGGGGAGGGUGGCGAGGGGGAGUGGGCGUGGGAGUGGGAGGUGCGGGUGGUGCAGCACGGGUGUCCCAACGGCUGCUCCGGCAGCCCCUGCCACGUCAUGGCAGACGGCGCCUUCCAAUUCGGCGUCUACUACUGCUUCUGCGAUCGGUCCCACGGGGGUGUGGACUGUUCCAUUGAGACAGUCUCACAGCUAGGCAUAGAGCAGCAGCGGUGGGCGCUGGUGGGGAGCAACGUGGUGGCCGUGCUGCCAGCCAUGGUUUCGCUGUACCUUGGGGCAUACCCCGAGUGGGUGAUGUUCUCCCUCAACGGCCUGUGCUCUGCGCUCUACCACCUGUGCGACACGGACGGCUGGUGCGCGGCGCGCUACCCCACGCUGCAGUUCGCCGACUUCUACUCGUCCUUCCUCGCCGUGCUGCUGGCCUUCCUGCACGCGGCGCAAGUGCCCAUCUGGCCGCGCUUCUUCUUCUUCGUCCUCGCCUCCUUCUCCACCUCCAUUCUUGCUGUCGACCGCGCCACCAGUGGGUGGAGCAUCGUGGUGCUGCUGGCACUGGGAGCAGCAGCGCUCAUCACCGGCUGGCUCAUCCGCCUAGCAGCUCUGCGCCACUCCCGCACCUCCUCUUGCUCCGAUCCUCAUGCCGCCAACGCCCCUCGCAAAGCGGGUGGCUGCGCUGGCGAGUGGGGGGAAGAAGCGUCCCAGGGCGGCCAUGUGGAUGGGGAGGACGAGGACGCCUCUCUGCUCUCGUCGCCUUGCACGCAUGGUUACCGGCGUGGCGGUGAAAUGAGCACUGCCUGUGACUCUGAAAGCUGUGGUGGCAGCAGCAGCAGUGGUGCAGAGUGGUCAUGUGGGGUUGCAAGGACAAGUAAAGCGCGGCAGCAAGCAUCCGUGUGGAAAAGAGCGUUCCAAUGGUGGUGCAAGCAGGUGGGUGAGGCACUGCGCAUGCUGCGUGCCCUGCUCGCCGCGUUCCACCUGCCGUCGCUGCUGCUGGGCGUGCUGGCGGCGCUGCUGGCGGCCUCCAGCUUCCUCGUGGAGGUGCCUGUCACCUACUGGAUCUGGCACAGUGUGUGGCAUGUGUGCAUCUACUCAGCUGCUUUCUUCUUCAUGCUCGCAUCGCCUCCGCCCAGCAAGCACGGCUCCCUGCCACUGCCACCGUCUCCGUCUGCCCUCUCACCGCCAGCAAAAGAGCGUUACUCGUCUUGCUCCCCGAGCCACAGCAAGGAUGUCAGUCAAGCUGCCAGCGGCAGCGGCAAUGGCUGCAGCGAGGAGAGUUGGACCCGAGGGAAGAGAGCCAUUGGCUGCUCUGUUGGGAGAGAAGUGGAAGUGGACGAAGAGAGAGGCCUCUUGUUGAUUCGUGAAGAUUCAUAA